CCCUAGGGCUCCUAGCCCUGCCACGUUCGGAGAGUCCGGUUUCGGGCGGGGCCGGCUAGGUACUGCGGGGCUCGGGGCUGUUUACAGCGGUUCUACAAACUGCAGUGCAGACAUGGCGACCCAGAAGGACCAGCAGAAGGAUGCGGAGGUGGAAGGGCUGAGCGCUACGACCCUGCUGCCCAAGCUGAUUCCCUCUGGAGCAGGCCGAGAGUGGCUGGAGCGGCGCCGCGCGACCAUCCGGCCUUGGGGCACCUUCGUGGACCAGCAGCGUUUCUCGCGACCCCGCAACCUGGGCGAGCUUUGCCAGCGCCUAGCACGCAAUGUGGAGUAUUACCAAAGCAACUACGUGUUCGUGUUUCUGGGCCUCAUCCUUUACUGUGUGGUGACAUCCCCCAUGCUGCUGGUGGCUCUGGCUGUCUUCUUUGGAGCUUGUUACAUUCUCUAUCUGCGCACGCUGCAGUCUAAGCUUGUGCUUUUUGGCCGAGAGGUGAGCCCAGCGCAUCAGUAUGCCCUGGCUGGCGGCGUCUCUUUCCCCUUCUUCUGGCUGGCAGGUGCUGGCUCCGCUGUCUUCUGGGUCCUGGGAGCCACCCUCGUGGUCAUCGGCUCCCAUGCCGCCUUCCACCAGAUAGAGCCUACGGAUGGAGAGGAGCUACAGAUGGAGCCUGUGUGAGCUGUCAGGACCUGCCUGCCUCACCCGUGCCCCUCUGUCUGCUGUUUUCCUGCCUGACCUUGCCCUCAGUCUGCUCAGCUAGAGCCUCCACCUCAAGCCCCUCGCCCAGGGAGAGGCUUUGUAUUCGGAAAUAAAGCUGUUAUA